AUGCGGCGGUGCAUCCUGGCGAGGUGUGCGGCGCGGCUGGCCGCUGUUCUGCAAGAAGUCGUUCGACACGCCCCCGCCUCGGGCAUUCCUUUGGCGGAGGUCGAGGCCGAACUCAACGAGCGCAUGCAAGCCGCGGCGACCGGGGCCGGGGCGCCGCAGCCCGUCUCCUCCUGGCAGGGGGCGCUGCCGGAGGUAAAUGCCACGCACUUUGUCAGCGGGUCGGCGUUGUACCCCCGCAACUGGGAGGAGACGCUGCGGAGAGUCGCGGCCGACAUACCGUGCGAGGGGGCCACAGAGCAGGAGCUCGUCGAGCGAAUCGUAGAACAGGAGCCACGUUUCUCGCCGGCUGUUUCCCUUGGCGAACCCGUCUCCACGUGGGUCCAGCGUCGCUUCCCGCACAUUCUUCAGGUCUCUCGCUCGGCGGCGUGCGGGACUCCCAUCUACCGUGUCGUGGGGGGGCCGUUGCCGCCCGAGGCGGAGUGCGUCGCCAGGGUGCUGCAGCUGCUGGGUCGCGGCAAACUUCCCGUGUACACCGACGCUAGUCUCAUUGUCCCGCUCCUCCCCGCCUCCAUGAGCCCUGCGAAGGGGAAGUGGCUGCGUCUCUUUGAAAGCGAGGCGGUGCGGCGACACUUUGACGUGGAUGUCGAGGCGUUUGUCCGCAUCUCCCCGGACCGCUCGCCCUCCACCGUAUUGGUAGACGCCACGAGCGUGGAGGUGACGCGGGUGGAGGCAAUUUUGGCCGCGAAGGGGAUCCUCGACUCCCUCUGCGUUGUCAAGGUGUUUCGUCGACCCGACGGCCCCGCGUGGUCUGCGGACGAUGUCAUCGUGCAAAGCUUCCUGGAGCCGGAGCACGUCAUCGGGGCGGCGAUCGCCGCUAUGGGAGCGAGCAGCGCGGUGAAGGUGUACGUCCUCUGCGGUGCUGAGGCGAAGGCGCGCUACGCGGCGGCGCUCAGCGACUUGCUGGGGCAGGGGGAGACGCCGGUCACGAUCUGCACCCCGACGAACGACGAGGAAGCGGGCACGAAGCAGCGGGUAGAGACGUGA